CGAUCAUCAUCAAUGGAGAACAACUCAACGUCCAUCACUAUUCCCGAACAACGCCAUCGGGCGGUCCACGCCGAGGCCGGAUCCUCGCCGUCGUCAUACUCGAGCUCGCCGAGCUCCUCGCCAGAACCGUCGACCAAGGCGGCACAGAAGCGGAAGCUACUGCAUACUAGACGACCGAGCCUGCUGAGCUCGGCCUUCACCCAGCAAGAAUGCACGACCAUCAAGAUCGGUGACGAUCCGGAGGGGCCUAUGCGACUGAUUACCUACCUCUCUUCCGACCAGGGCUUUGUCUGGAACCCCGAGAUCUUUGUGCCGUCGUUUUGUGAUUACGACUACGUCCCACUCGAGCAACGCCGCGAUCCCGUCCAUGAAAUCUACCUGAGCGACGAGGAGAUCAAAAAGAUACUGCCGCAAUGAACAGGUAACAUGGCGCCCCCAGCCCAGAGCAACGAGUGCUUUGGUAAGGAGCCCAUGUACAUCACGUCAUCCGGCGGCGAAUAGUCGCGAUGCGGGUCAACAUUUCACUAGCACCAGUUUCUCCGGAGUUGAAGGCGUUGAUCUUGAAAACCGGGCGUAAAAUCAUCCCUCAGUAGAGAUAUUCGACCAACUUGCUGUACACUACUUCAUGGUGUUGAGGUAUCAGUCUACCUGGACGGAUGGAGGCCAAUCGCUGGCACACCGAGUGCCAUCACCACUUUCAAAUUUGCAUUCAAGGAUUUGUGAACGAGAGCAGAGGAGUUUUGGAACAGAUCAUGGGUACGGGAAACGGGUUGUCAUUUAUAUCCAGAGAGGAGUUCGUUGAUUCGGGCGUUCCCAUCUCAUUUCUAGCAGCAUUACCAAAAUCCACGUCUGGGGGGCCAAGUCAUUCGAGACAAGCUAUCCAAAGCGUCCAGCUUCGGCGUAACCCUUUGUGUUGUAAAUGGUG